AUGGAGAAGGAUAAAGAAUUAAAAACAUUGCUCCGAGAAUUGGUAGAGAAUCAACGAUUUCAACAAAAGAUUAAACAAACACAACAAAUAUUGGAAGAAAAGGAAUACAAAAUAUCCAAGUUAAGCGAGACUUUGGAAAAUGUUCAUUACCGAUUGGGAAGUGCUUUACAUCAGUCAUCUCCGAUCGCAAAAUCCAUCAAGGAAUCUAAAAAUUUAAAUUUGGAUGAUGUAUUUUCGUAUGCAUAUUUCAUUAGUAGAACAACGAGUGAAAUUCCUGCUUUUAAAGAUGCUGAAUUGCAAUUACCUCCAUUUCCACCUCCAGAACGAUGGCAAUUUUCCUUGCUCUAUCCAAACUCGUUGAGAGCUUACAAGAACAGAUAUUUAGAAGAAAUUACUGCUGCCGAGAAGGAAUUGAAAGAACAAAAGGUUCCAAAGAUUAAUUUUGAAAAAUUCCAAUUUGAACGAGAUGCCUCCAUGCCACCUGUACCACAAACUAAGAUUUCAUUAUUCGAUGAGGACAGCGAUGAAGAAUCUUCACAAGAAGAGUAG